UACAUGGCAGCCAGCCGCCAGAAGAAAGAGAUUUUGCCAGUGCCAUGGGGAGCCCAAGUCAACUUACCUCCACUUUCGUCACCGGCCUCAGAGGCAGCCCCGGGGCGGCCUGAGAAGUACCUGGUCUACCCGCACCCGCCCAGGAGGUCCCGCCUGUCGCGGUCCAUCCUGCGCUGGCUCCAGAGCUUGGAUCUCACCUUCUUCCCCAGGAACAUCAGCAGGGAUUUUUCCAAUGGCUUCCUAGUAGCAGAAAUAUUCGCUAUCUAUUACCCCUGGGACCUUAGCCUCUCAGCCUUUAGAAACGGCACUUCUUUAAGAGUCAAGUUGGAUAACUGGGCGCAGCUGGAAAAGUUCCUGGCCAAAAAGAAAAUUAGAUUACCCAGGGAACUAAUCUACGGGACGAUCCACUGCAAAGCCGGCGUGCCGGAGAUCCUGGUCCAGGAGGUGUACCGCUUGCUCACACACCAGGAAACCCAAAGUAUCCAGGACGACCUUGUGAACUUCACAGACUACAGUUACCAGAUGCAACUGCCGCUGCUCCCCAGGUCCACGGCCUCCAAGUUCAUUAAAGAUAACAUUAGGUUGUCCGAACUCAUGAGCAAUCGCAGCCUGCUCAGCAAUGAGCUGAAAAUCGAUUUCCUCUUCCUUCUGCAAAUGUUGCAAAGGAAGUUAAGCAGAAAGAUGCAUCCAAGUAAGUUUUCCUUGGAAAUCCUCAACCGAAUUCCUCCGUGCCCAACGACGCUCCUCUUGGGCACGGAUGAAGGAAAGGCUCUCAUGUCUGCUGUCUCCGGUCACCAGUUUAACGGGGAAAUACUCCCGUUAUGCAAGCAGUGGGAUGAAUUCUUUUCGUCGGGGUGGUUAGUGUUAUAUGUAAUUCAUUCCUUUUGAUGAAAGCAUAGGUUACCAGUGUCUAGGCACGUUUCUUUUUAGAACAUCUUUUAAGUGAAUCUGUUCACGUAAAAUAUUGUGGGAAUUCAUCAGUUCACAUAUCAACUCAAGAUACCCAGGAGGAUAGGAGUGCUUAAGCGUCCGUCAGGGUGUAUUUGACCCCUAGCCGCUCUCUGGAGUGUGUGUGGUCACUGCUGUCCUUUCUGUGGUCGCUGUUGGUGUGGAGAUGGCCAGGCCGACGGGGUCAGCCACAGCGUCAUCUUGUUGUUGUGGCUCUUCUGACAC